AUGGAGCAGCAAGAGCAACAACAAGUACAAGCGCCAGUCCAGAGCCAAGCGAUGGACCAGCAGCAACCCCAACAAGCAGCUGUCCAGCAACAGCAGGAACAGGCCCCCCAACAAGCGCCAGUCCAGCAGAAAGAAGAACGUGAAGAGGUGUCACAACCACCACCAGCCUAUCAACCUCCAACCAAGAUGGAACAGCCACAGCCACAACCAGUCCCCGGCGUGGUGCCUCUCACCCAGCUCGGCGGCGGACCCCAGUGGAUCGACUGCCCCUUCUGCCAAAGACGGACCCAGACACGGGUCGAAAAAGACGGAGGAGGCACACAGGUUCUCGUCGGUUUCCUCUGCUGCCUUGUAUGCGUAUGUCUUGCGUGCGUCCCCUGCCUGGCCGGAUGGUUCGAGGAGUGGAACUAUUAUUGCACGGGGUGCGGACAACGGGUGGCAUGCAAGAAGGAUGACCAUCUUCAGGUGUUUGGCCCGACGACAAUCGUUCCAUCCAAGUAUGCGAGUGGGGGCCCUCAUGGCUCUGAGCCUGGUGCGAAGGCAAACGAAGGUACACAAGGGCAAAAGCCAUAG